CGGCGGAUGUUGGUGUGACGUGACGGUGGCCCGGUUUUUGGUGUGCGGAUAGAGUUCAGCUCAGGUUUGGCGGCGGCCGACGGUCGCCCGCAACAUGGCCUCAGGUAGUAGUGCGCGGGAGUCAGGCCCGAUAGGGGCUGACCGGACCUGCGUGCUGUGCUGCCAGGAGCUGGAGAUCUUCGCCGUGGGCAAGUGCGACCACCCGGUGUGUUAUCGCUGCUCCACCAAGAUGCGGGCCUUGUGCGGCCAGAGGUACUGCGCUGUUUGCCGGCUCGAACUCGACAAGGUCGUAUUUAUGAAGAAAGUUGCUCCAUUCUCAGCAAUAGUAACUCACCAGUUCCACCAUGAAAAGAAAUUUGAUAUUUAUAUUGCUGAUGGGAGGAUUCAUGCCCAGUUUAGGAAGCUUCUGCAGCAUGACUGCCCUGUGUGUUCUGAGUCAAGACCAUUUAAUACUUUUGAAGACCUAGAGCAUCAUAUGCGGAAGCAGCAUGAGAUGUUCAGCUGUAAGCUUUGUGUAAGACACCUCCAGAUUUUUACCUAUGAACGCAAAUGGUAUAAUCGGAAAGAUCUUGCACGCCAUCGAAUGCAUGGUGACCCAGAUGAUACUUCACAUCGUGGGCAUCCUUUGUGCAAGUUCUGUGAUGACCGCUACCUGGAUAAUGAUGAACUGUUGAAACAUUUAAGAAGGGACCACUAUUUCUGUCACUUCUGUGAUUCUGAUGGUGCUCAAGAAUAUUAUAGUGAUUAUGAUUAUCUUCGCGAUCAUUUCCGUGAGAAGCACUAUCUGUGUGAGGAAGGGCGUUGUAACACUGAGCAGUUUACUCAUGCUUUUCGCUCAGAGAUUGAUUACAAAGCACAUAAGGCUACCUUUCAUAGCAAAAGCAGAGCAGAGGCCCGACAGAAUAGACAGAUAGAUCUCCAAUUUAACUAUGUUCCUCGGCAUCAAAGACGGAAUGAAGGUACGGUGAGUGGAGAUGAUUAUGAAGAAGUGGAUAGAUUUAAUAGAAGGGGAGGCCAAAACCGUGCAGGACAAAACCGCAGAGGCAGAUGGAAGUACACCCGGGAGGAGGAAGAUCGGGAUGUUGCUGCUGCUGUUCGCGCAUCUGUCGCAGCACAAAGGCAAGAGGAAAAGAAGCAGGCUGCUUUGAAAAAAGAAACCGAUGAUAAUAAAAAUAACCAGAGUGAAAGAGAGAUGGAUGAUACCUGUAAUGUGAAAAAUACGGUUCAAACAUCCAAUGAAAUGUCAGGUACCAAAGAAGCUGUCAAAAGUUCAAGACAAGAGAAUCUCCAAGCAGUGGCCACAACUGCUCUGUCUAACCCAAGUUCUAAUCAUUUAGUUCCUGUUCGCUUAAAUGAAGAGGAAUUUCCAAGCUUAUCUGCUACAGCACAAGCCAGUACUGCAGGCCUUACUCCAACUUAUACUUCUACAGCCAAGAAAAAUACCACUUUUCAAGAGGAGGAUUUUCCUGCCCUUGUGUCUAAAAUUAAGCAACAAAAACCAUCUACGACUACAUCUGGAUCUGCGUGGAUUGCCGUUCCCGGCAAAAGUAGUUUUAAAACUGUCCAUUCCAGCAGCAACAGUUCUAAUCAGAAUGCUAAAAAAUCCUUAUCAACUCAUGGUGCAAAAGCAAAAUCUAAAGCAGCUUUAAAGUCUGAUAACGAGGAAGAAGAUGAUGGCAGUGGUUUGACAACUCAAGAAUUCAGAAGUGCACCGACAAUGCUAGAUAUUUCUUCUUUGUUAACAACUUCAGCACAGACUGUAUGUAAGGUUGGCAAAAAGAAAAAAAUAGGUGAAAAGCAAAAUUCUUCUUCAUCUCUUUGCAUUGAUACUGUAGUAAAUAAAGCUCAAAAGGAGAAUGUUCCAGAAAUUAAACAGAGUGCACCAGUUACCAAUGUGUUGAAUGGUCACACUGACAAACUAUGUCCUGAAAGUGCAAGUGUAUGUACACUUAAGGAACCGCCAGGUUUUAAGAAAUUCGAAGACAAUCCAGGUCCUUUACCUGAAGAAGAUUUUCCUGCACUUGGGAAUCCAGUUUUACCAAAAAUGCCACCUCCAGGUUUUAACAACUUAUUACCAGUGAAGAGCCCACCAUCCAAUCUUCCUCCUCCACCAGGAUUGACUGCCCCUGUUAGUAAACCCCCUCCUGGCUUUACUGGUGUCCCUCUGAAUUCAAACAUCAGCGAGCCUAUGAUUCCAGCACCAAAACAAUCUUCAAACAUUUACCUCCUUCCUGAGAACUUUAAGCAGAGGAAUGUUGAACUAAUUCAGUCAAUAAAUACAAUUUUGCACAACGAUGAAACAAAAUUCAACAAAUUCAAGACGCAGUCUGGGCACUUCAGACAGGGUCAGAUUUCUGCUGCAGACUAUUAUAGGAGUUGCAGAGAACUUCUGGGAGAAAAUUUCUUGAAAAUAUUCAAUGAACUGUUGGUUUUGCUGCCGGAUACAGCCAAACAGCAGGAACUUCUUUCCGCUCAUAAGGACUUGAGAGACAAGCAAGGCUCAAACAAGUCAAAAAAGAACAAGAAAAAUGCAUGGCAAACGACCAUGAACUCAGACUUUGACUGCCAUGUGUGUCCCACAUGCCAACAGGUGCUGACUCAGAAAGACUUUGCCACCCACAAGACUUCACAUUUUGAGGAUGAUGAGUUUCCUACUCUCCAGUCUGUGAGCCGGAUUAUCAGUUAAUAAUCAAGCUGAAUAUUCCAGAUCCGAGGAAAGACUUACUCGACCAUAUAGAGUAAUGGUGCAUGUAGAUGGUGUUGCUAUUUACAGGCAUGUGUUGCUUUUAAAGGGAAACUUGGGAGAAAUGUAGUAUAGUACGUAGCUGAGAGGAAGGAAGUGAUUUGUGUGUGUUAGCGAAGUAUUAUUACAGUAUCUAAACCUGCUGCUAUACUACAGUGGAAAGAAAAGGUGAUGUAUUGUUUCACAUUUUUUUGAACGUUUUUGAAACUACUUUCUACAUCAUUUUGCAAACAUCAGACUGAAGGAGGCACUUGACAAAGUAAGUCCUUAUUUCCAGGAUGUUGCAUUUGAAAUUGGCUGUUGAAGCAUCAAAUCUGUGCAAAAGUUUUGUAUUAACAAAAUUGGACAUCAAAACGAAGUGAAUAUAAUUGAAAUUGACCCUAUAAUUAAUGUAACAUAUAUAUAUAUAUAUUUAGAAAUUAGUUCAAUGCAGGAUAUUGCAUUGCUAUAAUCCAAUUUUUUCCUGUUUAAAUUGGUCGUUCACGAGCUGCCCUACACAAUGACAUUUCUCUAUAUUUAAAUAGCAGCAGGUCAUGCCACCAAAGCAGUGAAUUAAUUUUGGUUCCAUUAUUGUAAGUUGCAUUGUGAAAUGGCAAUAAUAUUUAGGCUCCUGGGCCUUUUAAGACUUCAUGUCUUUUGUUAGUUGUGAAGCUCAGAUUUAAAACAAAAAGCAGUGACCAUGUUGAUGAAAGGAUGGCAAUAUAAAUAUGCCAAUGUGGCUCUCAUUGUAUUUAUCAAUAGCUUUGAAAUUAAGCCUUGCUAGCUUGGCUUAAGCAAAUUAAAUUAGAGUAAGUGGCACAGUGUGUGUCAUCCUGGAAACCUGUCUGUUUUCUGAUGUUCGCUGUUAGGAAUGGUUUUAUUUUUCUUGCAACUUAGUUUGAUAGUUGUCUGUAUUGUUACAGGAAGAGUUUGAUCAAUGAUGGCACUCAUUUACUACCACCUAAAAGAUUUUACUGCAGUGGUUGAUUUUCAAUGUAAGUUUAAGGCAGCAUGUAUCUGUUCACGUCCAUUUCUGCUAGCAAUCGCUUUAUUGCCACUUUUCUGUUUCUCUAUCCCGUUCAUGUUCCAUGAACAUCGGCCCUUAUCUUGUCUUCUGUAGUUGGUUACUGUUCAUGAUCAUCAGCGAGCUGUUGAAGUAGGGCUUGUUACCGCAUAGUUCAAUCCUUUUUUCCAUUCGCUGCCUACAUGUCUGCCCCUCUGGUAACUACUUAAAUUAUAAUUAGAAGCUGUUUCACACAUUCUGCUGAAGGCACGAAACCCAUUUCCUAACUGGCUUGACUGAGGUCAGUUUAGCCAGAACUACUUGUGGCUUCCCUGGUCUAAAUGCUAUUACAUUCUUGAGGAAACUCACUGUCCCAUCAUUUGAGUCUUUCAGUGACUUUCAAAUAAACCCAUUCACCAACUACAUUGUAAUGCAGUUUUUGACUGGGUAGCUCUACCCAAGUAACAAUGACAAAAUUAUCCUUGUAUUUCAGUGAUCAAUAUUUCACUCAGGUUGGAUGAGAAUAGACAUUUAUUUGGUAGUUUAUGCACCAUAUUCUUUAGUGAUCUUAUCACUGAAUGACAUAGUGAUACAAUACACUGAUUUAAUUUUUUUUGUUGACUGGGAGUACAUACUCAACUUUGUUUGAAAGGGUUACGUAUGCUGCAUUGUGGUGCGUGAUGGUUUUAAGUUUGGGGCUAUCUAAGAAUUCUGUAUUCUAUUUUUUAAAAAUUGAGCAUCAGAUGUGUAGUUGACAAGGUAACGUGCAAUAUUGACAAUGUGGACAGUGUAUAAAACAUUUCUCAUGAGUGUUAGUCUUAUGCAUUCAUUGGGAGAUUUUUAUGGCAGCAUUUAACUGUAGUAGGUAUUCUACUGAAGUAACCUGAAUCUGUGUACUUACGAGUUGUAACCACGUCACUCGUGGUCUGAGUCACUGAACAUCACCAGUAAUAAAAUGGCACCACAUUAAGUCACAACAAUUAACAAUCAUCACUGAUUACUAUUGUUUUAUUCUGAUAUUAUCUGUUUGUAUUUGGAUUAAGUACCAAGUGAUGCAGAAAUGAAUUGAAUGCCCAAGUCAGUGGAACAAAUAUUUAAAGAACUAAACAUACCUCUGAAUAUUCAUUAUUAGCGUACCUUGGAUUCAGAACUGAUUAAUAUUGUCUUGAACAAAUACUGUUUGAGCACAAAACUUGGAGGUCCAGUUUUUUUUUGUUUCUGUUCUUAAAAUACUAAAGUAAAUGGCAACAAAUAAGCUGAAAUAAAAGGCUUAAAAGCAUAUAUUUUAGUUUAGAAAAUUGCAUUUAUGUGAUGGGAGGAGAUGUAAAUGAAAUUAUUUGGGUGCAGAUAACCACAUUGCAUUUGCAAUCUGGACUGCAGUAGUAUUAAUGCUGAGGCAUAUCUAGGCAAUUUCUGGAGCUUAGACUUGUGAUUCUGUAGGCAGCUGAUAACAUCUUAAGGAUACAAUAUAUUAAUUUGUUUUUGGUGCAAAGGAACAAAAUGCUUUCUGAGCUUUCAUAAUUUAGUUUUCUGUUUUCUGUUCAGUAGGAAAUUUGAAUUAAUUGUACUUUUUUUAAAUUAAAGUAGCCUCCAAGCUAAGAUGAUAUGCGGAUAUAUACUCUGCAUUGUUAGUUUUGAUGGACUUGAACCAUGUUAUGCUACAGUUAUUGGAACAUGGAAUACCUGUACAUUUAUUGCCUUUGGUUCUGCAUUUGUACCUGUAUCACUGAAAUAUUUAUACCCAUGCAAUUCCUGCAUUCAAUGAAUGUUUGGCUAAGCACUAGUAAGAGUAAGUUUGCCUCAAAAGAACCAUAUACAGUAUGUCCUGGAAUUUUUGAAGGUUGCCAAUAAAAAAAACUUUAUGCAGUAAAA